CGUGCUGUGAGAAUGAAUCACCUGUUGUGAAGGCCAGUGUGUCACACAUGCGUGUUGUCAUCGUCAUUGGUCUAAUGGUGUGUCACACAUGUGUGUUGUCAUCGUCAUUGAUCUAAUGGUGUGCCAGUGUCGUCAUUGAUCUAAUGGUGUGCCAGUGUGUCAUCGUCAUUGAUCUAAUGGUGUGCCGGUGUGUCAUUGAUCUAAUGGUGUGUCAUCGUCAUUGAUCUAAUGGUGUGUGUGUUGUCAUCGUCAUUGAUCUAAUGGUGUGUGUGUUGUCAUCGUCAUUGAUAUAAUGGUGUGCCAGUGUUGUCAUUGAUCUAAUGGUGUGUCAUCGUCAUUCAUCUAAUGGUGUGUCACCCAUGUCAUCGUCAUUGAUCUAAUGGUGUGCCAGUGUGUCAUUGAUCUAAUGGUGUGCCAGUGUGUCAUCGUCAUUGAUCUAAUGGUGUGUCACACACCCGUGUUGUCUUCGUCAUUGGUCUAAUGGUGUGUCACACACCCGUGUUGUCAUCGUCAUUGGUCUAAUGGUGUGUCACACACCCGUGUUGUCAUCGUCAUUGGUCUAAUGGUGUGCCCGUGUGUCAUCGUCAUUGAUCUAAUGGUGUGUGUGUUGUCAUCGUCAUUGAUCUAAUGGUGUGUCACACACCCAUGUUGUCAUCUGCAUUGGUCUAAUGGUGUGCCAGUGUCGUCAUUGAUCUAAUGGUGUGUCACACACCCGUGUUGUCAUCGUCAUUGGUCUAAUGGUGUGCCAGUGUGUCAUCGUCAUUGGUCUAAUGGUGUGCCAGUGUGUCAUCGUCAUUGGUCUAAUGGUGUGCCAGUGUGUCAUCGUCAUUGGUCUAAUGGUGUGCCAGUGUGUCAUCGUCAUUGAUCUAAUGGUGUGCCAGUGUGUCAUCGUCAUUGAUCUAAUGGUGUGCCAGUGUGUCAUCGUCAUUGGUCUAAUGGUGUGCCAGUGUGUCAUCGUCAUUGGUCUAAUGGUGUGCCAGUGUGUCAUCGUCAUUGAUCUAAUGGUGUGCCAGUGUGUCAUCGUCAUUGAUCUAAUGGUGUGCCAGUGUGUCAUCGUCAUUGAUCUAAUGGUGUGCCAGUGUGUCAUCGUCAUUGAUCUAAUGGUGUGCCAGUGUGUCAUCGUCAUUGAUCUAAUGGUGUGCCAGUGUGUCAUCGUCAUUGAUCUAAUGGUGUCAUCCUUUGCUGUUGUUCUCCGACUGUAGCUUCGAGGAAAUCCACACAAGAAUGUUCUCUGUACUGCCUGGAUGAAUCAAGCCCUGCAUUCCAAACUAUACUUACACAGCACUCGAA